CACAUCCCGGAGUUGGGGUCAACGCGCGCGAAACACACACCACAUCAACCGCAUCUCAUCAAUCAAUUGGGCGUGAGAAUUGCACUUGUUUAGGCCCUUGGCAGGGUGCUCUGUCAAGAUGGCACAUUGCAAGAUCGAUUUCGGUGAUUGUCUCAAGGAUUCGCCCAAAUUUCGGCUUCGCCUCGAGCAGGAAGAGUCCGAAAUCGAGCACCUGGAGUUGCGGCUGGAGAAGAUCAUAAAAGCGUGCGGGGCAGCAGUUGACAGCGGGAAGGAGUACAUCCGGCACCAGAGCACCUUUGCCACCUCGCUAUGGGACCUGCAGAAGCACUUCCAGGAUAGCAAAAACUCGACGAACGCGCUGGCGCAGCUGAUCCAGCUGCUGCAGGAAAUGAACAAAUUCCACACGACGCUGCUCGACCAGGCGAACAGGACCGUGCUGAAGAACUUGACCAGCUUCCUGAAGCGCGACAUCCGCGAGGUGAAGGAAUACCGACAGAUCUUCACGAAGGUGUCGGAGAACAUGGACGCGGCGGUUUACAAAAACGCUCAAGUCAGCCGCAACCGGCCAGCGGACGUGGUGGAGGCCGAAAACCUGCUGUCCGCGUCCCGUAGUUGCUUCAGCCACACCGCACUCGAUUACGUCAACUACAUUACGCUGCUGCAAAAUCGCAAACGCCACGAGAUUCUUGCGACGCUGCUGAGCUAUCUGCAGGCCUGCAGCACGUACUUUCACCAAGGAUCGGACCUCUGCGAGGACUAUGGGUCCUUCUUCAAGGGGUUAGACGACGAAAUCGAGGUCAUGCGCACUGAGUACGGUGUGCUGGAUAAGCAAAUGCAAAACCGGCACACGUGCGUGAACGAUCCACGGCCGGAACACGGCCCGGAAGGGGGUGGCGACGAACCGGCAGGGGGUGCAGAGUCGAGUGGUGGCGCUGGCGGUGGUGGAGACGAUGGAGGAGCGGGCUGUCCAAGCUACAUGGAGGGGUAUCUGUUUAAGCGCACUUCGAACGCGUUCAAAACGUGGAACCGAAGGUGGUUCUGUAUGCGCGACAAUCAGCUGUUCUACCGGAAGCGAACCGGUGAGGAACUCCCGACGGUGAUGGAGGAGGACCUGCGGUUAUGCUCCGUCCGGCCGCUGGCCGAUUCCGACCGUCGGUACUGCUUUGAGGUGAUCUCCCCGACCAAAUCACACAUCCUGCAGGCUGACUCGGAAGCGAUGAUGAACGCCUGGAUUAAGGCUCUCCAGAAGGGCAUCGAUUCGGCCAUUCAGCACAACAGCCCGUACAGCAACGAUAUGCGUGGCCGAGCAGGUGCUGCAGGCUCUUCGACGGGUGGAGCAGGACACGCUGGGGGUGGUGUGGGAAGAGUAGCUAGUGUUGGAGGCGCGGGAAGGGCCUCUGACGGUAGUGGAGAUGCAACUGAAGCCUUACGUGGAAAUCGCGAACGAAGUGGUGCCGUUCGAGGUUCCGAUACUUCUCGAAAGGGUUAUAAAAAGAUCAAUUGGACGCAGAUGUUGAAGAUCCCGGGCAACUCCCGGUGUGCGGAUUGUGGCAACACGGAUCCACGCUGGGCCUCAAUAAAUCUCGGCAUCACACUUUGUAUCGCUUGUUCGGGUGUACACCGAAGUUUGGGUGUGCAUUACAGCAAGGUCCGUUCACUGACACUAGACGUGUGGGAACCGGAGAUCCUGCGGGUUAUGAUCGAGCUCGGGAAUGACGUUAUUAACCGCGUGUACGAAGGCAACACAAGGCGCGUGGCUCGAUUUGAGCGUGCUACGGAUAACUCCGAGAUUACGGUCCGUGAAGCGUGGAUCCGGGCGAAAUACAUCGAACGACGGUUUGUCAUUCCCCUCGAUGGGAUGGCGGGUGGUGUAGGGCCGGAUGAUAGCAGCACCUCAUCCUCCUCGCUUUCCUUCAAAAGUCUCGGUGCCGAUAGCUCCAAGUUCCCGGAACGCUGGAGUAUCAAAAAGUUGCGCCGGCGUAGCUACCGGCAAUUGUUACGGCGUGGUCGUCGUCGUCCGAAUGAAGCCCCACACGUAACCAAUCUCGACGAGGAAGAUGAUGAUGAGGAGCAAGCGGCCCGUCACCGCGAUGUGGACGCGUACGAUGACGACGAGCGGGCGGGAACAUCCUCGAAGGGUGGGUGUCCGGAUGCGGACGAGAAGGACGUGCAGGUGCACGUACCGAAGCAGUUCUCCGACAUCCUGCUGAUUGGGGAGAACAUCCUGACGGACGAGCACAGCCUCGCCGAUGAGGACCUGUUGCUGCUCAACUCGGACCAGGAGUCGACGAGUGGCGAGGAAGACAACGUAAUCAUGGAGUGUGAGGAGCUGGAUCGUCUCUCACCGAGCUACCUGCUGUAUAAAGCGGCCAGUGGCCACAAUCUUCCGGUGAUGAGCCAAGCUCUAGCGCUCGGUGCCGACAAAAGCUGGUCGAAUGAGCUUGCCGCCGAUCAGACCCCGUUACAUGCCGCUGUACUGUCUGGUUCGGUGAUGUCCUGUGAGUUUCUUUUGCUGAAUGGUGCCGCCAUUAACGCUACGGAUCGGCUCGGCAGGACACCGCUUCAUCUGGCCGCUGAGCAGGGUUCAGCAGCUCAGGCCUAUCUGCUGCUCAAGCAUAAGGCUCGUUACGACAUCGCGGAUGUGGACGGCCAGCUGCCGAUUGAUGUAGCGAUCAAGAAGGAGGAUGCUGACAUUGUGACGUUGCUGCGGUUGACGCUCCUAAAUGAUGAGAUCGGUUCCGGUGAGGAUGGCGACAAUUACACGGGUGGUGAUUCGACUUACGUCGCUGUUAUGAGCGAAUUUUCGCAUCUUGCCAACAACCAACCGCAGCGGCUACAGCGCAACCGGCACCAGCAGCAACAGCAACAGCAG